GCAUCGCGGUAGGUGCCACCGGAAACACUCGUUGUGACCCUUCGUUGCAGGCGGAAAAAAAGGCUCAAAAGGAUCCCGAAAGCGUCAAACGCACGUUGCAGUUCAAGAAGAAAUAACAAUAAAGCAAAUAACUCUUACGAACAAGUCAAGGAAAAGCUUUGAAACAUGUCCAUCGGUGUACCAAUCAAGGUCCUGCAUGAGGCAGAGGGUCACAUUGUGACCUGUGAGACCAACACUGGAGAGGUGUACAGGGGCAAGCUGAUAGAAGCAGAGGACAAUAUGAACUGCCAGAUGUCCAACAUCACCGUGACCUACCGCGAUGGCCGGGUUGCACAAUUGGAACAGGUCUACAUUCGCGGCAGCAAGAUCCGCUUUUUGAUCCUACCGGACAUGUUAAAGAAUGCUCCGAUGUUAAAGAGUAUGAAGAACAAGAACCAAGGCUCUGGGGCAGGAAGAGGAAAGGCAGCUAUUCUUAAAGCACAAGUGGCUGCAAGAGGACGAGGUCGUGGUGGAAUGGGGAGAGGCAACAUUUUCCAGAAGAGACGAUAACUUAUUUUGUUUUAAAUUUCAUUGUUUGAUGUCAUCUUUUGGAUUUACUAUGCUUUGGUUUACUUUGCAGUCUUUUGCUCUACAAUUUAUCACUGUUUUUAUUUUGUAUGAAAUAAACAGAUUUCAGCUCA